GUUUCUACUUUCCAUCCAGGAGCUCACACCAUGCACGGUGGUAUCAGCGUGAAUAUCACAACAGCUGGUCAGAGCAGAGUGACCUCCUGCCCCUGGUGGUGACAGCCUCCAACAUCCAAGAUGACACAGUGGAGAAUCUCUUCCGGAAGGGCAUGUCUGCCUUGAUCCUGAUGCUUCUCGGGUGCUGCUCGUUCAAGCUCCGCUCAGUCAGAGAAGACUCAAGAUGCAACCAGGAGAUAAAUGCAAGAGAGAGAAGACUGACGAGUCAGCAAGGCAGGGCCCCAGAAUGAGGAGGACAGCUCUGCCCCAGAAAUAAAGGCCACUGAAGAGAUAGGAAGGACUCGUGGGCGUGUUCCUGGGAAGCAGAGGUGGACAAAGACACAGGAAAAUAGAGAAGCCCGUGAAGGCUGUGAUGGAAAGAAAGCCCACACUCUGGGGCCAGGAGAGCCUUGCAUUUCCUUCCCUAUUUCCCUGUACUUCUCCUCUGUGGGCAUCCCCACCGUGACCUUGACCUGAACGGUGCAGAAAUGUCACAGUUGUGUCUGCACUGACAUGUGGUCACAGAGCAGAUGGACCCCUCCUCCCUGCAGCAUCUCUGGAGUCCAGGGACCCCGUGUGAGGGCCUCUGGGAACAGGCUGUUCCCCUUCCUGUGGGCUGACAUGACAGCACUGUGACCAGAAGAACCAGCCUCCGAGGGCCACACCCUGUGCUUCUUUCUGACCUGCGGGCACCGAGUUCCCUCCCUGUGCACAGCCGGGGCCAGAGGCAGAGACACCAUGACCCCCAACCUCACAGCCCUGCUCCUCCUUGGGCUGAGUGUGAGCCCCAGGACCCGAGCGCAGGCAGGGACCCUCCCCAGACCCUCGAUCUGGGUUGAGCCAGGAUCUGUGGUCCCCUGGGGGACACCUGUGACCAUCUGGAGUCAGGGGACCCUGGCGGCCCAGGAGUUCUAUCUGGAUAGAGACGGACAAUCAGUGACCUGGGACAGACCGCCCACACUGGAGCCUAGAAACAAGGCCAAGUUCUCUAUCACAUACAUGACAGACGAAUAUGCAGGAUGGUAUCGCUGUCACUAUCAAAGUCCCUCUGGCUGGUCAGAGCACAGUGACCCCCUGGAGCUGGUGGUGACAGGAGUCCAUGGCAAACCCAGGCUCUCAGCCGUGCCCAGCCCGGUCGUGACCUCAGGAGAGAACGUGACCCUCCAGUGUGGCUCACGGAUGGGAUUCCACAGGUUCGUCCUGAUGAAGGAAGGAGAACCCAGGCCCUCCUCCACCCUGGACUCCCAGAGACACACUGGCGGGCACGUCCAGGCCCUGUUCCCUGUGGGCCCCAUGACCCCCAGGCUCAGGUGGACGUUCAGAUGCUAUGGCUAUUACAGCAACACCCCCCAGGUGUGGUUACGGCCCAGUGACCCCGUGGAGCUCCUGGUCCCAGGUGCAUCCAGGAAGCCCUCCCUCCUGGCCCAGCAGGGCCCUGUCGUGUCCCCUGGACAGCACCUGACCCUCCAGUGUCGCUCUGAUGUCAGCUAUGACAGAUUCGCUCUGUACAAGGAGGGCUCACGUGACCCUCCCCUGCACCGUGGCCGGCANCCCCAGGCUGGGCUCUCUGGGGCCUACUUCCCCCUGGGCCCGGUGAGACGCUCCUUCGGGGGCCGGUACUCAUGCUAUGGUGGACACAACCUCUCUCCCGAGUGGUCGGCGCCCAGCGAACCCCUGGACAUCCUGGUCACAGGACAGCUCUCCUCCUACACACCCUCCCUCUCGGUGCAGCCGGGACCCACGGUGACCUCAGGAGAGAACGUGACCCUGCUGUGUCAGUCCCGGAGCCCUGUGGACACCUUCCUCCUGUCCAAGGAGGGGGCAGCCGACCCCUCUCUGCGUCAUAGAUCAGAGAACCGAGCUGGGCAGCACCAGGCCAAAUUCUCCAUGAGUCCUGUGACCUCAGCCAGGGGGGGGACCUACAGGUGCUAUGGCUCACACAGCACCUCCCCCUUCCUGCUGUCAUACCCCAGUGAGCCCCUGGAGCUCCAGGUCUCAGCCUCCAGUCCCAGAGAUUACAUGUUGGAGAAUCUCAUCCGCAUGGGCAUGGCUGGCAUGAUCCUGGUGGUCCUUGGUCUGCUCUUUCAGCCUUGGCACAGCCAAAGAAGAACCCCAGAUGCAACCAGGAGGUAAACUUAAGAAGGAAUAAACCCACCAUUCCAUGUGACAGAGCUUUGGGGAUUAAUCCAAUAUGCCCAGGGACUUCCAGAAGAAAAUCUGCAGCUUUGCCAGCAGAAUCAUCUCCUGAGAACAUUGUGGGAAACUUUCAGGACGCUCCAUGUCCAGGACUCUUCCUCCAUGAACUGAGGUGUUUUCCCUCCUGCCAUUGAUGAUCUCUUCACUGCCCCCCGUCUUUCUUCAUCCCUGUGACAUGAGGCUACAUCCCACACAGCUGGUUUGGGCUCAUAUCUUCCUACAGCGUCAUGUUCUGGCACGCUUUCUUGGGAUACAUUUUCCUUUAUUUUCAAUUUCCCUGUGUGCUAUCCACCUCCAUCCCUUCAGCACAAGGAUAAAGUCUGUUUCAAUAAGUAAAUAAAUGGAUUAAAAUCAGGUGCACUUUGGGGCAGAUAAAUCCAAAACCAUUCCCUUAACCACCUCUGGACU